ACAAAAAGAAAACUCCAGCAAGCCAAACCCACAUACCUUCCUUCCAAGCCAUCCAAAGCACCCCAUUCACUUCUCAACUCAAUAGUACACAAGCACAAGCACAAGCACAAGCAAAGCAAAGAGUAGUAUAACCCAAGAAACACUCAAUUCCUCUCUUUUCACACAAACAAACUCCAAUUCCAUUCCAAACCCACAACUCAAAUAAAUCCACAAACCAGAGAAAUGCCAGAAACAGAUAAUAUUAGCUCCUCAAAACCCCCACAAAUCUCCGAAAUGUUCACAAAAUUUGCUCAGGCUUUCAAGUCCAAGACCUUCGAAUUCUUCACGGAAAUCGAACCCAUCGACGAUUCUGAUGGGUACUCACUACUUGACUCAGCUGAAGAAGUCAUCACAGACCAGAAAGUCGUGGUGAUCAAGCCUGACCCAACUCGUCAAGCUCCCUCUUUUGGGAUAGAGCCAACACCGCCACCAUCAGCGAUAACAAGGCCAUGGAGUCAGACCCAGAUGAAAACUGUGGAUACCCAGGUGAGCCAGACACUGAUUUCGUCGGUUUUCGCUACGGUUUCGUCGUUUGAAGCUUCGUACUUUCAGUUACAGACAGCCCACGUUCCGUUUGUUGAGGAAAAUGUGAAGGAAGCGGAUAGAGCUUUGGUCUCACACCUGCAUAGGUUGUCUGAGUUCAAGCAAUUCUACAAGGAUUUAGUGAAGAACCCGGAUUUUGAUGCUGAUUUGGGAAUUGGGUCUUGCUUGGAAGCUCAGGUGCAAGAGAAUCAGAGCAAGUUGCGGAUACUUGGGACCGUUUCGAACCGGUUACAGUCGGAGAUUGAUCAGAAAGACAACGAGGUUUUGGCUCUGAAGAAGAAGCUGGGUGAGAUUCGUAAGUCUAAUUUGAAGUUGUCCAAGAAGUUGUCUGGUAAUUUCGAUUCAUCUUGUGAGGUUUUUUUGUCUGUUAGAGUAUUUGAUUCUGUGUUACAUGAUGCUUGUAGAGCAACACAUAGGUUUACUAAGAUUUUGAUUGAAUUGAUGACAAAAGCUAUGUGGGAUUUGGAUUUGGCUGCCAAUUCUGUUUAUUUGGAUAUUGAGUAUGCGAAAAAGGGGCAUAAUCGUUAUGCGUUUUUGUCGUAUGUUUGUUUAGGGAUGUUUAGGGGAUUUGAUUUAAAAGGGUUUGGAUUGGGUGAGAAUGAUAUUGUGUGUAAUGGGCAUGUUUUGAAUUCGGAAAAGAAUGGUACUUCUAUGAAGCAAUUACUCGAGCAUGUAUCGAGCAAUCCUAUGGAGUUGCUAAGUAUGAAUCAGAGUUGUGAUUUUUCAAAAUUUUGUGAGAAUAAGUAUCAAGAGCUUGUCAACCCCACCAUGGAAUCGUCAAUUUUCAGUAAUUUGGCCCAUAAAGAAGUGAUAUUGAAUUCAUGGAAAUCAUUGAGUGUGUUCUAUGACUCGUUUGUUAGAAUGGCUAGCUCAAUAUGGACACUACAUAAGUUGGCAUUUUCGUUUGAUCCUGUGGUUGAGAUUUUUCAAGUGGAGAGAGGUGUGGAUUUCUCGAUGGUGUACAUGGAAGAUGUCACAAGGAGAUGUAUAUUGCCAGGUAAAACUAGAGCAAAGGUGGGGUUCACUGUGGUUCCAGGUUUUAAAAUCGGAAGGACAAUAAUUCAAGCACAGGUUUAUUUAAAUGGCUUGAAAUGUACAGAGUUAGGAGUUGAUGAAGUUGCUAAUUGUGGGAAUGGUAGUGAACAAGACAGAUUUAUUAGGUAAUCCAAAAUAGGUUGUUUUCGUUUUGGUUUUCAGGCUUGGUUUGCUGGUCAAAAUUUAGCGAUUGAAUUCCACGAAAUCAAUGUUGGAGGUUCUAUAUCAAAGAAUGAUGCCUGUCUUACAAAGCUCAAGAAGGAAACUGUGGAAAUACACACUCAUAAAUACAAGCUUCUUGCUACGAUACUGAAGUGGGAGUUACUAUGGUACAGCAACUCUUUCAGCUAUCUUGUGAUAUGUAGCUAUAACUCUAUCUGGUUUCUGAAUUCGGUUUUCCUUUCUUGUAUGUUAAGUCUUUUAUAGAGUAAACUGUAUAGAGCCUUUUUCUUUCUCUCCCCCUCUUUUUGUGUUCAUUUGACACAAAUACGUCGUGAAAUUGUGUAUCUUAAUCAGUGACUCUAACAAAUAAUUAUAGUGUUUUGACUUUCAAUUGUAAAUUGUUAC